AUGGAGCAAGGGCGGACGAGGCCUCACCGGGGCCCUGUAGUUGUGCUUAAGUCGGCUCGGGGAGGGACCGGGGAGGCGGUCGGCGAUGGCGGGGACGAGGCGACGACGGAGAGGACGACGACGAUGGAGUCCGGCGAGGAGGAUGGGGACGUCACGCGGUGGGGAGGAGACGAGGUCGAGGCGGAUCGUUCCGGCGGAGAGGCGGUCCGGUGGCCCUGGUCUGGUGGGGAGGCGGCGUUAGCGAGCCCGAUCCUUAUCCCCAACCUCCUCUCCUCUCCCAACCCACUCGCCGCCGGCCUCCCUUCCACCUCCUCUCCUCCGUCCGUCCGCCCCCAUGCCCCUCGCCGCGUGCGCCACGCCGGCGGCCGCGCGCCCGCCGCUCCCCGUCUCGCGCCGCUGGUGGUGCCGGCGGCGGGGCGGCUGAAGGGAUGCCCGGAGCUGACGGUGGAGGGUGACAUGCGGGAGAUGGCCAAGACGGCGGCCUGGAGCGUCAGCUCCUGCAAGCCCGGCAACGGCGUCGCCUCCAGCCGCGACGACAGCCUCGACACCUACUGGCAGUCGGACGGCGCGCAACCGCACCUGGUCAACAUCCAGUUCCAGAAGAAGGUGCAGCUGCAGCUUGUUGUGCUCUACGUGGAUUUUAAGCUGGACGAGAGCUACACGCCCAGCAAGAUCUCCAUCCGGGCCGGCGACGACUUCCACAAUCUCAAGGAAAUUAAAACGGUGGACCUUUUGAAGCCAGUAGGAUGGGUUCAUAUAUCAUUAUCUGGCACUGAUCCCCGAGAAACAUUUAUUCAUACAUUUAUGCUCCAAAUCGCGGUGUUGGCCAAUCACCUGAAUGGGAGGGACACCCAUGUCCGGCAGAUCAAGAUAUAUGGGCCACGACCGGUUCUGGUAGCAACGAUGACGGUCGUUGAGAGGUUCGUGGACUGGACGGUGUCGUGGCUGCCGAUGUACAGAGAAGCGAAGCUGCUGCUCGUUCUCUACCUCUGUCACCCCAGCACACGGAGUGCGGGGAGCGGGGCACGUGUACGAUGGCUUCCUCCGUCCGCUGGUGGUGAGGCACAAGGACGACAUCGACCGGUCCAGUUGGAGCUGAGGGCCAGAGCGAGGGACGUGACUGCGUUGCAACUCAAGGCGGCGGCUGCCGUCAGUCAUGUGUGGCUCUUCGAGGCUAUCCAAUGUGUUUCGUCGCAGCUACAAGGAGGAACGUACAUUGACGAGUGGUCCAAUUUUUGGAUUGGGCCAUAACAACUUACGUAGGUAGUUGCUUAUGUAACUGUGCGAUAGAAUGGAAUUAUACAUGAGUUGCUGCUACAAGGAGGAACGUAGUUGCUUAUGCAAUUGUGCGAUAGAAUGAAAUUAUACAUGAGUUGCUGCUACAAUGAGGAACUGGAGAAGAUACGACAACUAUGUGAUAGAAUGAA